AUGACACCGCAACCACCACAACUCGUGGCACUUGUUGUUGCGCUCCUAUUCCUAUUAGCCGCAACGACGGAAGCGCUUGAGGUCAAAAUUUAUCGUUCACCAUCUUCCUAUUCCGCAUCCUCUCCAACAACAAGUAGUAUCAAACUCAACACGAGGCAUAACAAAUCUCUCAAAUAUUGUUUGGAAGAACCUGCUUCUCUCCGAGAAGGUUCUGUAUGUCUCAUGAAAGUCAUUGAUGUUUUUCCAACACAACUUCCAAUUGGAUAUGUUGCUGCUGCUUGUAAACGUGAUCACUUGUUGAAUAUUUUGGAAAAAGAUUCCACCACUGACUUUUUUGAUCAUUUAGAAAAGAAUCCCGUGCCAGUUGUGAUGGGAUAUUAUAAUAACAAUCAACACACACGUUCGAAUAUUUCAUUAUAUGUGACAGAUCAUCAUCACUUGUUGUAUGCCAUUACCUUAUUGAAGAGUAAAGAUUUACCUCAUUCCUAUGCAGAUAUGACCGAUCGAUAUGUGUAUGUAACCAUUCAGAGAGAUUUUUCACGAUUGGAUCGAAAUACGUUUUGGAGUACAAUGGUACGAAAUAAUUUGACCUAUACAUUUGAUGAAAGAGGAAUACCAUUGAAGGACUUUCCAGAUUCUCUUCCAUCAUCUAUUUUGUAUUUGAAAAACGAUCCAUUUCGAUCUUUAAGUUAUUUUGAUCGACGAGCAGGUGGUUAUGCUAAGAGUGACAAGGAGUUUGUGGAAUUUUUGUGGGGAAAUUAUUUAAGAAAUACAAAUCAAUUUGAAGAGUUGAAUCAAUUUACGGAUUUGACUGAUUUUGAUAAGGAGGCACCAUUCAUUAAGGAUUCAAUUGAUCAAGCAGUGAAGCUUUCUCAACUUCCUGCUGCUCGUAAUUUGCCUGGAUAUGGAGAAGGAACAGUUGAAAAGGCUGAAUGCAAAUAUUUCAAGUAG